AUGAGAACAGGAUAUGUAGCACUUGUUUUGUGUUUAAACAUUGGUGUUGAUCCACCAGAUGUUAGGAAAAUAUCUCCUUGUGCAAGGACGGAGUGCUGGAUAGAUCCAUUUUCUAUCACAACUGCAACGGUAAAUAAAACAAUUGGGAACUCUUUGCUUGGCCAAUAUAAACGAUGGCAACCCAAACAGGCACAUUAUGAGCUUCAAAUUGAUCCAACAGUGGGUGAAGUGAAGAGAAAAUGUAAUAUGUGCCGCUUGAAUGCCAAUUCUGAUAGAGUUCUCUUCCAUUAUAAUGGACAUGGUGUACCAAAACCAACUGCUAAUGGUGAAAUUUGGGUUUUCAAUAAGGGUUGCACACAGUACAUUCCCUUGUCAGUUAGUGAUUUAGAUUCCUGGUUGAAGACACCAUCUAUCUAUGUUUUUGAUUGCUCUGCUGCGGGAAUGAUUGUCAAUGCUCUUACAGAGCUCCAAGAGUGUAAUUUGAGUGGUCCAUCUUCAUCUUCCAUGAAGGACUGCAUUCUUCUUGCAGCCUGUGAAGCACAUGAAAGUCUUCCUCAACAUGCUGGUUUGCCUGCAGAUGUGUUCACUUCCUGUCUCACGACGCCAAUUAAGAUGGCAUUGAGUUGGUUCUGCCCACGUUCAUUACUUAGAGAUGCUUUUGACCCAACAAUCAUUGAUAAAAUUCCAGGCCACCCAAAUGAUCGAAAAUCUCUUUUGGGGGAGUUGAAUUGGAUAUUUACAGCAGUGACGGACACUAUUGCUUGGAAUGUUCUCCCUCAUGAUACUUUCCAGAGAUUAUUUAGGCAAGACCUUUUAGUUGCGAGUCUUUUCCGAAACUUUCUGCUUGCUGAAAGAAUUAUGCGAUCGACAAAUUGUUCACCAAUUUCUUACCCCUUGUUGCCUCAAACACAUUGGCAUCACAUGUGGGACGCAUGGGAUAUGGCAGUUGAAACUUGCCUUAAGUUAUUUGUCAAAGAGCCUGAAGCUGAAUUUCAGCCAAGCUCAUUUUUUGAUGAACAACUAACAGCUUUUGAGGUAUGGCUCGACUUUGGGUCCCAACAUAAGAAGCCACCAGAGCAAUUGCCAAUUGUUCUUUGGGUUUUGCUCAGUCAAAGUCAUCGAUUCCGAGCACUGUUCCUUCUUGGAAGAUUCCUUGAUAUGGGUCCCUGGGCUGUGAAUCUGAUCUUGUCAGUUGGAAUUUUUCCAUAUGUGCUCAAGUUGCUUAAAACACCAGCAGCAGACCUGAGACAAAGUCUUGUAUUCAUAUGGACAAAGAUCCUUGCAUUUGAUAAGUCAUGUCAGGUUGAUUUGGUAAAGGAUGGAGGGCACUUUUAUUUCAUCAAAUUUCUUGAUAGCAUUGAUGCAAAUCCUGAACAGCGAGCAAUGGCUGCAUUUGUUUUGACUGUCAUUGUGGAUGGGCAUAGACAGGGACAGGAAGCUUGUGUUAAUUCUGAUCUUAUACACCUGUGUUUGAGGUAUCUUCAACCAAAUGAUAUCCAAACUGAGCCUCUUCUUCUUCAGUGGCUUUGCCUCUGUCUAGGAAAGCUCUGUGAGGAUUGUCCUGAGGCGCGAGUUAUAGCUUUGCGAGCAGAUGCACUGAAGUUACAUGAGCUAUUGUCAGAUCCCCAACCUGAGGUUAGGGCUUCUGCUACUUUUGCAUUAAGUAACUUACUUGAAAGUGGAUCUGACUCAUGUGAAGAUUGGAGUGAAAUUAGUGAAGAAAUUCAGGACAACAAGAAGGUGAAGGAUGAAGUUAGUAUAGUUCAGAGCCUUCUGGCUGUUGUUUCAGAUGGGAAUCCACUGGUUAGAUUGGAGGUUGCUAUAGCUCUUGCCCGUUUUUCUUUUGGCCACAAGCAGUACUUGAAGUUGGCUGCUGUUACAUUGGGAAAGCACUCUAAUACCAUUCUGGGUUUACCACCGUUGUUAGCAAACCUUGAGAGUUCAUCUAGUGGCUCUACUGGCGGAAGCUGCUGCAAGCCGCAUGGGCUUAUCAUUCCUACCCAAAUUGGUUCCUUGUUGAUUGGUGGUCGCUAUAACACUGCCAUGAGUCAUUAUGACAGGGUCUCUUCCAGUGAUCCUGCCACAACAGGAGUAAUGUCUGGUUCUCCAGAGUCAGAAUAUUCAUCUCAUAACUCUGAUUUGGAAAUAUUUAAUGACCGUUUUAGUAAUAUGGCCCUUGGCUAUUUGAGGCCAAAACCACUUGAUGAAAGAAUAUACUGUCAAUGUGUUUUAGCAUUGUGUUCUUUAGCCAGGGACCCAUCACCACAUAUUGCUGGUAUUGGUAAACAGAUACUAACGCAAGUUGGUAUUGAUCAAGUUGCAUUUAAGGCAAUAUGGUAUGGUGGAGGCAACAAUCGUUUGAGUGAUAUUGGUGCAUCUUUACCGGCAUCAAGCAGCCAUGCCAGACUAGCAAGGUCUUCUUUGGGGUUGGACCUGUCAGCAGGUCAAUUACCUCGGAGGUUGGGAAGUACUUCUGCUAUUCCCCCUCAGCAACGUCAUUUCACAGGGAUGCGAAGAGUUCUUUCUGGGCCUCACCUGGCAAAUUCACAGAACUUGGGAUUGGCUGAUCCAUUGUUGGUUUCUGGUGAAUUGAGCAGCAUUUUAGAGCGCAAUUUACUUUCGCAUUCAGCUAUUUACAAAUGGAGUUGCAACCAUUUUUCAAGGCCAAUUCGUAAUACAAUAGAUGAUGAUGAAGAAAUUUUGAGUAGAAGAGAAGAGAGAGAGAAAGUAGCACUAGAUUGCAUGAUGAAAUGGCAGCGUUUCUCUGUUGGCAAGCUCAAUAAACAAAUUGCAUGUUGGGAUACAAAUUUUAAGUUGGGCACAAAAGCAGCUUUGUUGGACCCAUUUUCUCCUGUUGUAAUUGUUUCAGAUGAAACCGAGCAGAUCAGGGUGUGGAAUUAUAAAGAAGAUAUAGUGCUUAAUAGUUUUGACAACCACAAUUUCUCCAAUAAAGGCGUGUCAAAGCUUUGCCCUAUGAAUGAAUUUGAUGACAGCUUGCUUCUUGUUGCCUCACGUGAUGGAAAUGUUCGUAUAUGGAAGGAUUAUACGUCAAUGGGUGAUCAGAAGCUUGUCACUGCAUUCUCUUCGAUUCAAAGCAUUGGACCUGCAUUCCAAAAUGUUGGCACUGUAGUGGAUUGGCAACAGCAGUCUGGAUAUCUAUAUGCAUCUGGGGAGAUAUCUUCCAUCAUGCUCUGGGACAUGGACAGGGAGCAGUGUAUAAAGUCUAUUCCUUCAUUGUCAGAAGUUGGCAUCUCAGCAUUGUCUGCCUCUCAAGUUCACAAGGGUCAGCUUGCGGCUGGUUUUAAGGAUGGUUCUGUUAGACUAUAUGACAUCCGUACCCCUGACAUGAUGGUUGGUACAGCACAGCUGCAUAUUCAAGGAACGGGUAGAGUUGUUGGACUAGGGUUUCAACCUGGUUUAGAUCCAUUAAAGAUUGUAAGUGCAUCUGAUGCUGGAGACAUUCAGUUUCUCGAUUUAAGAAACAGAAACAAUCCGUACCUAUCUAUUCACCCUUACACGAGUUCACUCACAGCAUUUGUCAUUCAUCGCCAUGCCCCUAUUAUUGCUAGUGGCUCUGCGAAUCAGCAUAUUGAUGUUUUUGACCUCGACGGUGAUCAACUUAGCUCAAUCAGAUAUCACCAGACCGUGGCUGAGAGGACCAGACAUGUAAGCUGCCUCGCCUUCCAUCCUUAUGAAGCCCUUCUUGUUGCCGGUGCAACCAAUGCUUUUCUCUCCAUAUAUGAUGACGGCUAAACCACCUGCAACAUGAACCUUGUAAACACAGCGUCCUUCAAAUUUGCAUGAGGCUCACUAGUGCAGGCUGGAAAAUUUUCAUAUGGGAUGGGCUUGUAAAAAUCUUGUGUAUAUAUAUAUUAGCUCCACACUAGUGGUUGUAUAUAUCAUAUACAUAGAGAUACGUAGGUCCAACUUGUAAAUACAUUCUCCCCUCUGUGGUUGUGCGGUUGCCAAAGUUGUACAUAAUAUAAAUUUAUAUUGUCAGGUUAGAAAAUGGCAUGAUUAUAUCACAUGAUCUCUUAUGUAUAACUUAAAGAUGUGAACAGUUUGCAAUUGCUUUAACUAUAUGUUGGAUAUUCAUUCAGGAUUUGGUUUUUAGAUAUGUUUGAACCAUCUGUUUCAUAUAUA